ACGCGGUGCGGGUAACAGCGGCGCGCGGUGUCGCUGCGCGCGGGCUGCAGCCAUGUCGCGCGCCUCCGCCAUGCCGCCGCUCGACAAGACAGACAGCCUGGAGAAGCUGGACAAGUUCACCGCCCUGGACUCGGGCUUCCACCUGCGCCAGGCGGCGCGCCAUAGCCGCAAGUGCAGCUUCCCGUCGACGUACCACUCGGCGGCGCAGGAGGUGCGGCCGCGGCGCAAGUCCAGCCACGUGGUGCCCUCCAGCGACCGCAUGGUGAGCGUGCCGCGGCGCAAGUUCAGCAACGUCAGCGACGUGGUGGCGCGCAAGCUGAGCACCACCAUCGGCUGGCGCACGCACAACAUCACGGACAUCGUGCACCAGUCGAAGAGCCUGUGCUCGCAGUACGUGCGCGCGCGGCUGAAGCGCAGCGGCGCGUUCCACCGCAAGCUGGGCCUGCAGCGGCUCAGCUCGCUGGCGAGCCUGCACGGCGGCGCCGAGAUCUGCGAGGUGUUCCGCGAGAUGGCGCUGAUCGGCGUCGAGCUCGAGCGCAUGCACCCGUCCGUGUUCACGGCCAUCUCGCGGCAGGUGAACAUGGCCAUCACGUCGGACAAGACGGUGCGCGCCGUGGUGAACUCAGUGGCCGUCGAUCUGUUUCGGACCGAGGUGACCUGGGGACGGAUUAUCGCCCUGUACGCCGUGGCCGGAGGGCUGGCCGUGGAGUGCGUCAAGCUAGGUCAUCCGGAGUACCUGAUGGGCCUCAUCGAGUCCAUGGGCAUGGUAGCCGAGAGGGACACCGGCCAGUGGAUCGCCAGCCAGGGCGGAUGGGCGGCGCUGCUGACCCGGUUCCGGCCGCCGAACACGGAGCCCUCCAUCGGCGGCAUCCUGGUGACGGGCGGCGCCGGCCUGCUGGCCGUGGCCGUCUUUCUCAUGGUGCUGCUUCCGCUCGCUGGGCAAGGUCAUCAGCGAGCUGCGCGAGCCCGCCAGCUGAGCGGCGGCCGCCGUCGCCCCGUGUGCCGACCCCUGGUCGCCGGCUGGACGGGUCGAGGCGACGCCCCGAGGGCGAGCGCAGCGAACCAGCCUGCGGGGCGAGAAACUGAGCCAGCGCGCUGGGCGAAUGGGGUCGACUCACAGCUGGGGGAGGUGCGCACGCUGGUCUGCUGGGCGAACCGAGGUGAACCGGCGAACGGAGUGAAGUGUUUGAGUUGCCUGCCAGCACUCUCGUGAACAGACAAAACCGGCUAGUGUUCGGACGGGGCUGAAGGCGCUCUCCGUGUCCGCUCCGGGACUAGACUCACACACCUCUCGGCAUGAACACACGUGCCGAGUGCAGCUUUGGUGUGUGUCAGCAGUGCGGCAGCCCGUUGAAGUGCUGGAUAGAGUUACCGGUUCUGUGUGAUACGGUUCAGUCUGUGAUGAAGCAAAUAACGGAGCUACGCGAUGCGUGGGGACAGAUCGUGUGCUGUGGUCCACAAACUUGGCGAUGCAUGGUUCGCUGCCAUUCUGAGACCGCUGCACGACACCGGUUUAGAGCUCGGACCACAGGCCCCUCAGGGCGUUGGCCACUAGACGCCGUCGAGUCCUAAACUGAAUAACGCGCUUGUUCGGGAAAAUUGGCUCACCCAGGUUUGAGUAAGCAACACGAGCUCUCGAGCCGAUCCUGUUCCUCUGGAGCAUGGGUGACACCCAUAGCUGGCUGGUGGUGACCUUUGUAUUCACACAACAGCAUCCUGGAUCAUUAAUCCGAGUCCAGUCGCAGUUUAUUCUCCAUGCUUCAUCAUUAAAACCCCAAGUCACCCUUGCUCCAUCCCAGCCUUGUCUCUAUUCCAUGUACCCGCGGACACCAGUUCCAUCUUCAUCUGUGCCCCGCUUCUGUGACGACCCCAGACCCUUCCCGGGUUAAAAGACCAAGCCUCUGGCCGCAGUCCGGUCCCGGUCCGGCCUCCGCCAGCCCCGCCCCGCGAGUGAGUGGUCCGCAGUCCCCGCCGCCUCAACUCCCGAGCCUGGCGUCGACAGCGCCUGACGACGUACUUAUUACUGCCGUCCGUGUCGUAAGAGGCGUGGGAGCGCAACAGCGGCCGUGCGCCAACGCGGCGCGCCGCGGCGUUACCGUGAGAGCGGCGCACAACCGCCGUCCGACCGCAGAUGGCGGCCGCUCGUGCUGACGUCGAUGGUCCCUGGUGACGUCAGUGGUCAUGGAUGACGUCAGUGGUCGCGGGUGGACGGCACGUGUUACGUGUGAUGCUAGUGGUCACGAGAGUCGUCAGUGGUCACGGGGAACGCCGGCAAUCACUUAUCACGUCAGCUGACAGCGAUGACGUCAGUGGUUCAUGGUUACGUCAGCUGUCGUGGGAAACAUCAGCGGCCCCUGGCUACGUCAGCGGUCACGGCUGACGUGAGCUAUCCCUGGAGUGCCCAACGUUCCUCAGUGAUGUCGGUGGUCCCCGGUAACAUCAGCGAACGGUGCUGAAUUCAAUGGUUUCACUGCCGUCAGCGGCGCCACUGACUUCGGGGGUCCUGCAGCAGACCUGUGUUUGGUGACGUCAUAGUUCAGAGGUGACCAAGCUUUGGGUGCGGCCCUUCAAAGGGCGGCUAAGGAGCGAGACAGGACCAGCCCCGACGCUCUCCGCUCUCCUUUAAUCUCCAGGUGAAGCGCUUGCUAAUACUGAUUUGCAGACACACACCAUUUGUACCGUCCCGAUCCGUUAUAAAUCUCCGUUCGCACCUGAUCGCUAGGGGGGGGGGGGGGGGAUCACCACAUGCAGCCAGCCUCCUAGUGUUGGAUCAUUAUGUCCAUGGUCGCAAGUCUGUUAUCUGCUUGUGUUGACCGGCACCGCUGACACGAGUGGUCCCAGCUGACGCGCCCCGCUGCUCUGAUGUCAAAUUGCAUGAUGUUGAGCCGUAACAUCGCAAAAAUAUUUAGAGCUCUGACUCAUGCUUAGAGCGCCGAAGCUCUCGACUUCCUAGGAGAAAGGGGUAUUGUGUUGGCUGGUUUUGAUACGAUAGCUCAGGGCUAGGCCUAAAGGUGACCGGAGAUGGCGAUCGAACCUCUUCAUCUUUCCAUGCCUUAGUGAAAUCCUUGACCAUGCGUCAGAGGCGAGGACAAAUAUAUCAGGAAGCAUGUGGUAAUGCGUUCACCAUGGGCGGCUGUAACGUUGUUGCUGCCUUGAUGUCGCGGACACGUUCCUCGUUCAGCUGCGUAUUUGCACAGGGGUCAGCUAAUGUGCGUGCACUGUGCUCAGUUGUCACCUUGGUAGCGUUGCCUGCUCUUCAGUGGAAGCUGUUUUAGCUCAAAGCACAGCUGUCGCAAUAUGAGAUGCGUACGUUGAAGCUUGCAGUGUCAAUGCAUCGCCCGAAUACUAUUUAGAUGUCGUGAUUUGUUAAAUGGAGCUGCGAAUAUUUAUAUAAAAGCAUUGUGUGAUUAA